AUGGCUGUGGCGGGGAUAUGCAACCGGAUAGGGAAUAAUGUGCCUUUUUAUUUUGUGAUAUUUUCAUUAUUUUGUGGCCUUUCUUGCGGACAAUUGCGUUAUUCUAUUCCGGAAGAACUGGAAAAUGGGGCACUGGUCGGUGAUGUGGCGCAUGACUUGGGGCUGGAUAUUCGAAAGCUCGCCACCCGAAAAAUUAAGGUAACCUCCAACAGCGGCAAACGCUAUGUGAUUGUCAACCCCAAAAACGGGAAAUUGCUCGUCAAUGAGAGGAUCGACAGGGAGGCGCUGUGUGAUCUGUCCAGCGCCUGCCUCAUUAAUCUGGAGGUGCUGGUCGAGAACCCCAGUGAGGUGCACCAUGUCGAGGUGGAGAUUGUGGACGCCAAUGAUAACGCGCCGCAGUUCCCCAGAGAGGAGUACCAACUGGAAAUCACAGAAUCUGCUUUACCGGGGACUCGGUACCCGAUUGAAAACGCUCAGGACCCGGACGUCGGGUCCAAUUCAGUUCGUAUGUAUCAGCUCAGCACAAACGACCAUUUCGCGCUGGUAUCCAACAAACCCUCCCUAAACACAAAGCACAUCGAGCUUGUGCUCAAGAAGCCCCUGGAUCGUGAACAGACGCCUUACCACCAAAUCAUUCUAAGUGCUGUGGAUGGUGGGACCCCAGAGAAAACAGGCACUGCUAAAAUCAAUAUCCGGGUCCUCGACUCAAAUGACAAUGUCCCCCUCUUUGACAGCUCAGUGUACAAGGUGAAGCUGUUGGAAAAUUCACCCAAAGACACCUUGGUAAUCAAGCUGAAUGCAAGUGAUCUGGACGAGGGCACAAAUGGAGAGGUGUAUUACUCCUUCAGCAGCUACACUCCAGAGAGAGUGAGGCAGAUGUUCAGCAUGGACACUAACACGGGAGAGAUACGAGUGAGGAGCAAUGUUGACUACGAAGAGACCAACUCCUACGAGAUGUACAUCCAGGCGAUGGACAAGGGACCCGGGGCCGUGCCAGCACACUGUAAGGUCGUGGUGGAAGUGGUCGAUGUGAAUGACAAUGUCCCUCAGAUAGUGUUGUCAUCCCUGUCCAGCCCUGUGAGAGAAGACGCCCGUGCAGACACAGUCGUGGCCCUCAUUAGCGUUACCGAUCGGGACUCUGGCGCGAACAAGCAGGUGAGCCUGGAGAUCCCAGCAGGCCUUCCCUUCAAGAUCAAGUCAUUCAGAAAUUACUACACUCUGGUUACCUCAGCCUUCCUGGACCGUGAGACCACUGAUGCCUACAAUGUCACUCUGAGUGCCACAGAUGGGGGGAACCCUCCCCUCUCCUCCCAAAAGACCAUACAGGUGGACGUGGCUGAUGUAAAUGACAACCCGCCACGAUUCGAGCAGACUUCGUACACGGUCUACGUGGGUGAGAACAAUGGCCCCGGGGCGUCUUUGUGCACCGUGAAAGCUCAAGAUGCCGACAUCAAGGAGAACGCGCGCAUCACCUACACAGUGCUCAAUGACAACAACCAUGGCAUCCCUGUCACCUCCUAUGUGUCUGUGAAGGCCGAUACUGGGGAGGCUUAUGCCCUGCGAGCCUUCGACUAUGAGUCACUGAGAGAGUUUCACUUCCAGGUCAAAGCCCAAGAUGGGGGCAUUCCUCCGCUCAGCCGCGUCGCCACUGUCUACAUCUACAUAAUGGAUCAGAAUGACCACGCACCACUGAUAGUCAACCCUCCCGGCAAUGGCACGCGCUCCUUGGAGACCGUGCAGAAGAACGCGGAGCCCGGUGCCUUGGUGACCAAAGUGGUAGCAUACGAUGCAGACGCUGGUCCAAAUGCCUGGUUGGUGUACUUGCUGGAGACGGCCACCGACCUGGACUUGUUCAAGGUCCACGAACACACCGGUGAGAUCAGAACCACGCGGAGGAUCCUGGAGGACAACUCCACCUCCUUUGCUCUGACAGUCUUAGUGAAGGACCAUGGGCAGCCUGCUCUCUCCUCCACAGCCACCAUCAACGUGGCUGUCAUGGAGGUGCUGCCCAAGGUGGUCCCUGACCCCAGGAAGAUCAUCCGACCUCACAGCACCCUGCUCUUCUCCAACGUGACCCUCUACUUGAUUGUGGCCUUGAGCGCCACCACCUUUGUGUUCCUGGUCACCGUGGUGGUGCUGGCCAUUGUCCGCUGUCACGCCUACUGCACCCAGCCCGGGUCCUGCUCCCCUUGCUGCGUGUCCCAGAAGCCCCCUCCAGACGGCGGGAGCAACAGCGUGAGUGCUGUUCCGCCAGGCGGGCCCGGAGCCGGGGCACAGCCCAACAGCAACGUGAUGCUGCGUAGAGACCUUAAAGUGGAGCCUCACUACAUCGAAGUGCGGGGGAAUGGCUCCCUGACAAAGACUUACUGCUACAAGACCUGCCUGACAGCCACCUCUGGCAGUGACACUUUCAUGUUCUACAACACAGGACGUCCCAUCAGCGGCACCUGGGGCAGCGGUGCCGACCGCUUCUUCACCAGUGGCAGUGGAUUUGUACGCAGACUGAGUAUGCCUGAUGCCUCACUGCAACUCUGCCCAGAGCCAAAAGCCCCGAAUGCUGACUGGCGAUAUUCUGCAUCUUUGAGGGCAGGGAUGCAGAGCUCGGUCCACAUGGAGGAGUCCUCUGUGAUGCAGGGAGCCCAGGGGAUGCUCGUCCAGAACUGGCCCACUGUUUCCAGCGCCGCAGACGGUGAUGGUGGAGAGCUGUCACCCCCGGUGGGAGCUGGAGUCGACAGCAACAGCUGGCACUUCAGAUACGGCGCCGGGCAGAGCUACGGUCUCCCUCAGCCCAUGAUGAGGCCCGGAGAGAUCCCCCCCGAAGCCUUCAUCAUCCCCGGAUCCCCCGCCAUCAUUUCCAUCCGCCAGGACGCGGGCCCUGUGGACGACAAGGGUGACUUCAUAAGCUUCGGCAAGAAGGACGAGUCCAAGAAGAAGAAAAAGAAGAAGAAGGACAAGAAGGACAAGAAGGAUAAAGGAAAGGAUAGCGGCGACGAAUAG